GACUCCCCAGGCUCCUGAGUGCAGCUCAUAAUAGCUCACUGUUUGCUAAAGCCGAAAGCUCAAAGCAACCGAACCACCAUGAGGCUGUCCCUGUCUGUCCUGCUGGUCACUCUGGCCCUUUGCAGCUAUGGGGCCACUGAUAUCAUCUGUCCAUCAGUUUUUACUGAUAUCGCAGCCUUUCUAUUCGUUCCUGACUUACCCUACAAGGCACAAAUUCAGAAAUACAAUGCACCUGAUGAACUUAUUGAGGCCAAGCUGCAAGUGAAGCAAUGCACAAAUAAUAUCACCUUGAAGAACAGAUUGCUACUUUCAGAGAUAUUGGUGAAAUUAUCAUUGAAGUGUACUCGCCUUGGUUUAUCAAGUCUUCUACCGUAAUACCCCUGUCUUGCAAUGAUCGCCUGCUCUUUCUUGGAAAAUGCAAAGGUUUCAACAUCUUGCUUCAAUAAAUUACUUGCCCUGCA